UGAAUAUUUAAUAUACAACACUCAAGCUAGUAGUCCUUCGAAAGGGUGGAGAUACCUGGUAACAAUGAUGGAAAGCUUUCCAGAAAGAUUGGGAUGGGUUGAACCAUCAUUGAAAUUUGGCGAAGAAACUGUAAAACUGGUUCGAUCUAUUGGCGUAGGCAGAACUAGUGUUGUGUAUGAAGGAAUAUAUAAAGACAUAUCUGUGGCCGUGAAAAUGAUGAAAAAUGCAAAUUAUCUGUCCUGCAUUGAAAGAGAAAGAGCUGUAUUGAAAGAACUUUCGGAGUUGGAUUCACCUCAUAUCCCAAAAAUUCUUUUUUACGAUGAGAAUACUCUUGUCAUGAUUCCUCUUGGUGAGAAAGUUAAUAAUUUGCGAAAAACAGAUAUCAAAGAUAUAAUCAACACUCUCAAACAUGUGCAUUCAUAUGGAUAUGUACAUAGGGACCUUCGGAAAUAUAAUUUUCUUCGUAGUUUAGAUGAUUCAAAGGAAACUAUUUUAAUUAUUGACUGGGGUUAUGGCACAAGCAAUCGCGAAGACACAGCAUUUGCGGGGGCACUUGAAUGCAUGCCGGAU